UCACCAUCUGAAGUUAAUUAAAAUAUAUAUACAGGUGUUGUCCCAUACGGUUACCCCUUGAGGUAAACAGAGAAUACGAAUUUUUUCUGCGUUAAGAACUGUUGCAGAUUAUCUUUUGAACUUCUAAAAUAUAAACAGUAAAACUCUAAGCAAAAUGUGUGGAGGCUUUACUUGCUCGAAAAAUGCUCUAACAGCAUUAAAUCUCCUCUAUGUAAUCGUCUCUUUUAUUUUGAUUGGUGUAGCUGCUUAUGGCAUUGUUGCAAGUUUUGUUACCAGUCUGGCCAUUGUUGGUGGAAUUAUGGCAUGUGGAGCUUUUCUCUUUUUUCUAUCUCUUAUGGGCCUCAUUGGUGCUAUCAGGCAUAGUCAAGUUUUGUUAUUUUUUUAUAUGAUAAUUUUGUUUAUGCUGUUUGUAGCACAGUUUGGUAUAGCUUGUGCUUGUCUUGCUUUUAAUGAGGAACAGCAACACAAACUUGCAUCUGAAGGAUGGCGACAAGCAUCUAUGGAACUUCGUAAAGAAACUCAGGAGUAUUUCAAUUGCUGUGGAUUUGAAAAUGCAACAUUACCUGAUGAUGAUCCAAUGAAACAAGGAUCAUGUGUUGCAGUUCCAUUUUGUCAGGAAUUUCCUCAAAAGUGUGAGCAGAGUGAGCAAACAUGUUGGAAGAAACUCCAAAGUGUUAUCAGUAAUGCACUAAAAAUCAGUGGUGGUAUUGGCUUGUUUUUCAGCUUUACAGAAUUUAUUGGGGUAUGGUUGACAGUUCGAUAUCGUAACCAGAAAGAUCCACGUUCUAACCCACAUGCAUUUUUGUGAAACUAACCUUCUAUGAGUAUUACAAGGUGAUAAGCAUAUGGAUUGCAUACAGAUAUCGACAGCAAAAAGACCCUAAAUUGGAUCCUAGUCUUUUAUUUAUCUAAUACUCAUCAUUAUUUUCAAGAUAUUAAAUUAUUUGUGAUCUACAUAUACUGAAGAGAGUUGCUUGCAUACAUUACUUGCUUAUAUGUGUUACGAAAGGUAUCUGCAAUGAAUUUAAAUAUCUGAUGAUCUUAAGAAGUUGUAGAUGAUGAUUUUAUGUAUGAAAUGUUCUGAGGCCUACAUUUUUCUUUUUAGUUACAUAUGAUUAUUUAACAUUUUUAUGUAAAGAUUUCAUAGUGUUAAAAAAUAUGUUUAAUUUUCUACAGGUUGUAAUGCGAGUCAUACUUUUAUCUAAUGUAGGUUGUCUGUAUUUAAGUAUAUCUUCUUAGAUAUUAAGUAUAUCUUCUUAGUAAAUAUUUUACUAAGAAGGGAGGAGAAAUGGUUUGGUGUAUUUAGAAUCCACAUAUGGUAAUUGUAUACAAUGUUACUUUUAGGCUUUAAAUUAAUUAUGCAGGAAUACAAAUUAAAAUUGAUUUAUACAUUUGACCUACAAAUUAAUAUUUUUUUAUCGUAAUGUCUUUUUCAAUCAUUUCAUGAAGGAUAUUAAAUAUUUCUUUUUUACUUUGUAAUUUAUUAGAAUUGCCUGCAAGGAUUUAAGAAUUCUGUGACUUCAAUGUAGAAUUAAGUAUAUGUACUUUCUAAUUGAUUAUGGAAACUAUUUUACCUUUUUAUGACUUAUUCAUCAUAUAAUAAUUGUAUGGAACAUUAUAGAAUUGAUCAGAAACAUUAAUUUAUUCAGAAAUCUUCUAGGUAGCCUUUUAAUAAAUUUCUUCACAUUUAAACCUUUAAAUUGCUUACUAUUGUAUCAGUGUAUAUAGUUAUCACCUCAAAAUAAAUAUUUAAGCUAUGAAGAUUUCUUAUUAAAUUUUUUCUUUCAUUCUAUACAUGUCAGUUAAAUUUACUGUUAAUUUUGAUACAACUUACUGUGGAUUUUGUAUUUACUAUAUUCAGUUAAUUUAUCAAAUUUACUUUUUGGAAUUUUUUUUAGGGGGGCAUCUGAAGAUUUAUAUAGUAAACAAGUAUUAUUAAAAGCUUUUUUUUUUUUUUUUUUUUUUUUUUUGCUAAAAGCUAAAAUUUAAAAUCAAUUUUGUGUUACAAACCGUACUGUACAUUAGUCAAUCUCUUUUGUAAGUUUAUUUUUGCAUUUAAUAUUUGUGGUGUUUAAUUUUAUCUCUUUAUUCAUACAAACAUGAACUGAAACUAAAGUCUAUAAAAAAUUGCAUAUUGUUUUUAUGCUACACUUUUGUUUGAAGACUUUACAGAAAAACUAUAUAAAAUAGGCAUUCAACAAUUAAUAUGCUAUGUUUUUGUAUAUUGCUUAAAAUGCAAUCCCGUGAAAUAUAGGCUAGUCAAUAUGUGUACUGUUUUAUUUUCAACUGUUAAUUUCUAUUUUACAUAUGUACAGCUUAAAUGAGUUUUAAAUAAACAAAUAUUUAGUCA